UACAUACCACCACACCCCUCACUACUCAGGCUAGUGACCAGAUUUCCACCUCUGGAGACACUAUCCCUUCCAAUAAUCAAAGUAAAUAUGUCUAUUUUUUUUUUAGCUUAUUAAUUCUUCCCAUAUUUAUUUUCCUGUGUUGUUUUAUUUACUGUCAAAAAAUUAAAAAAAAACAUCACUUAACUCUUCCAAAUGUUUUUCCAAUGAAUGUAAUUGGGGAAAAUUAUAAUGAAAUACUAAAUGAUACCAAUGAUAUAAUUUUUGAGAAAAAAAAAUCUUUAAGAGGCAUGAAAUGCAAAAAACCAAAUGAAACUUGGAUUUAAUUUUUUUUUUUUUUUUUUGUACACUUUAACCUGAGCAAGAAUUCAGUUUGCACAAUUAGCACAAUUUGCUUCAAUUCAUUACUUUAUUCUUUAAUUUCAUUUCUUCCAUAAUUGUUUUUCUUUUUCUGCAUGAUAUACUAAUUCCUGUUGCUGAAUGUCUUGUGCAUCAUUUGAGCUCAGUAUGGGGACCCUGUGUUUGGUCCUCCUCCUCCUCCUGGGGUGAGGGUUGAGGUGUAUGUAUCACUGUUGCAGACGUUGCCUCACCUCCAGGAGGAUGAGGGACAACACCCAUCCCAAAGAGGAAAUUGAGAUGGGGGUGAGGCCGAGGAGUAUGCCUCCACCUCCACCACCGUCAGCACCACCUCGCCAAGCACUUGCAACAGUGCAAACAGAGAGGACACCCCAGCCUACUGUUCGUUCAGGGCCCCCACCACCACCACCAGCCCGGGGUGGUGGGAGAUACCACCUCCGUCCUGCUAAGAGACCAAGAACUGAUUGAAUGCAAUUACGGAAGUUGAUCUAGCCUUGGAUCAUUACUGAGCGAAACCGAUGGUGAAAGUCGGCGCAAAUCUAGACUUGGGUCAUUAUUUGUGAUUUCAGAAGACACUAAAAUCACAUAAUUUCAGUUUCAUUUGUUUUUUUUCA